AGCACUGCGAUUCAGUUCUUUAUUCCCAAAGAACCCUUUUUGAAGACACGUAUUCAAGUACUACUCAACCUUGAACUAGAUCCCCCCUUCGCUUAAACUCUAUCAUGACGUCAUUUCCAACUUCUUGAAUUUCGAUUUUUAAAUUUCGAAGACCGAAAGCAUUUUUUACUUUUGUCCACGGUUCUCAUCAAAACAACUGUAACGCAAAAUAAUCUUCUUCGUUUACACGAAACACCCACCUAAGUAUGAAAUAAACCACUUAUACUUCAUUUUCACAAAACUGUUUUCCCACGAGUUUCGACGUACUCACAUCAAUUUUCCACUCAAUCAUCAUGCAAGGAGCUGCUGCUACAUCUUCGAAAUCGGUGGGCUUUUUAACCACCAAACGGGGUUCUUUUAUCUCUUGCAGGGGGGUGUGGAUGGCACGUGCGGGCGUGAUUGCCCUAUUGAACCUCGUGCCGGGUGGCUGGACUGGCGAGUUGUGCCUUCCGGUGCUGGGAAAGAAGAGGGCGAAGAAGAACCAGAAGCAGGCGGUCUCUAGCGCUUGGGACGAGGCCCUCAUGAACGGUGGGGGCGGAACUUCCCUGUCAGCCUGUAUCCCAUACAGAAAAGUAGUCAUGUAGCACCCAUAGUACCAAGAAAAAAUCAGUAGACUUUGGCUGAUGCACAGGAAAUGCUGAAUCGCAAGAGGGACAAAGAUCUGUCAUGCGGUCAAAGCAUACUGGAGAUUCAUUGUAUGUAAUGCGGAGGAGUAACGACCAGGGAGUCCAGAAGAUUUGUGACACUGAACACAGGAAGGCUGUUCAACUGUAUCAUUGCAAAGAGAAUCUAAUAUCAUUGUGCUAUGUGUAGUGUGUGUUGUUCUGUAGGAUAGCUUUGUCCCGACGAAAGCCAGCCGGCCGUGAUAUUAAUCGUCAUGCAGCCGAAUCGGGAACCAAAGCGAAAAAGCAGCACCAGCAACGUGGGUCGUCGAACGAAAAGGAACCGGGUGUGCCUGCUGGCGUCCAACACGAGCAUCCAACGGAGCAUGACGGGCUCGAGCAGCCGAGUGCGAUAAACACCUCCAGUGAAGACGACACGACCAUGAAUUUUCUCCCUGCCGAUGAUUCCUCCGCCUCGUACCUGGAGAAGGCCGCGGCACCCGCUACAACUACAGCUGGGUCCCAGCGACGACCCGCAGAUAUGAAACCGCAAUGCUCCCCUUCUCCCUCAUUUUUUUUUUAUGUGGAAAGUGAAAAUAAUUAUACGACCAACAAGUGCAACUGCAAACUGCAAGUAAUCACCACCUCUAUUCUUUUUCUUUACCUUCUGAUCGUGAUCCGUUGUGCAUGAAAACGAGGAAGAAGGAAGCCCUUCUUGUCGUGCAGAAGCUUGUGUUGUUAUCGCCAAACCAGUUAUGUGACGUUGCAGUAUGCACCUGUAGUUCCUGCAUGUCAAGAAACAGCAACUCGAGGAGAAGGACGAGUUGUGCACGCUGAUACGACAAUCACGACGUCGGCUGUUCUCUGAUACUCAGCCGCUGAGUAUGAACAACGGGGAACAAAGUGAAGAGACCGCAGAUUCCACUGCGGUAGUACCGGACACUACUUCUACUACACGAUCAGCGGAGAAGAUGAAACGCGACCCCGCGGGGGGCUGUUCUUCGUUCCCGGGGUGCGGCGAGGACGAGGAUGAGGAGAAGGACAAGGAACACCAAGCAGCAGCAGCAGAGCAGGUUGAGCAGCAGCGGCAGGAGCUCCAGAAGCAGCUACAGGAGGAAGAGGCGAAAGUGCGGGCACACUACGAGAAGGAGAGGGAGAGGCUGUACAGCACGUUCUAUAAAUGGCGAGACGCGGAGGAGGGCCGGGAGCAGGAGCGGGGGCGAGAAAUAAACGCUUAUGAGCAAAGGCUGCAUAUCACACAGAGAGAAGCUAGAAAUAGCAUAGCACAUUUAAUGCAAGAAGGAAUCGACAAAUUCUAUUCAUUGCUAAACUGAAGUUUUUGUUUCAUGUGCGGGCCCAGGAGAGCGCCGCGGGGUUUAGGCUCUGCAAUGCAGAAGAUUUUUUUCUUCGCGCUACCCAUAUGAUAUGCUAGCUUUUUUUGUUUUUCUCCGUGAUAAUGUGAGAUCAACAAGCCGCGUCCAACGGGGCACUACAGCGUGUGCAAUCGGAACUGCAACAGGCCAAAGCGCAAUUAUUGAACCAGCGCCAGCAGUCAGUCAGCGUGGACGAUCUGAAAGUGACGCAGCGUCGGGAGCUAGCGUUACAGAAGACACAACUAGAUGAAAAAAUCGCGGACGAAAACAGAAUGUAUCGGGAUUCACUUGCCGCUCUGGAAGACCCAGAAAUGAAGGACGUAAGGAAAGACACAGCGCUCGCCUUGCUCGAAAAUGCGAUUAAGAAGCAAGAAGACGAGAACAAAAAGCUCCGGGACGAGCAACUGGGGCUCAUUGCCGAGCUCCACGCGCUUCAGGAAAGCAAACAGUCGGCAGUUCGGAAGCUGUACGAGGAGCAGCGCACGGAACUGGACAAGCAAAAUGCCGACAACCAGAAGCUCUGGGACCAGUUCGAGCAGCAGCGCCUCGCCAGCCAACAGGCCUGGGACGCCAAGAAGAAGCAGCUCGAAGAGCGGAUCCGGGCGAAGGAUGCCAUAAUCCGGGAGCUGCUGCAGCCGAAUCCGGCUCCGCCAGCAUCCAUUCCCGCUGCAGCUGCGCAGACGCCAAACCGUCCGGCUCCGCGCGAGGCUGCUCCCAGCCAAGCAAUGCAUUCACAACCAGGGAGGAAGAGGAUGAAUGGUUCGGAGGGCCCGGGACAGAUUGGUCAGCAUUCUUCGUUCUUGGGGUGCAGCGAGGACGAGGAUGAGGAGGAGAAGGACAAGAAAGAGAAACACGAACCGGGUUCGCAAGCGACGCAAGCGUCCCAGCAGGUUCUUGCGGCGCAACAGGCAGCAGAGCGAGAGGAGCAGCUGCAGAAGCAGCUACAGGAAGAAGAGGCGAAAAUGCGGGCACACUACGAGCAAGAAAAGGACAGGCUGUACAGCACGUACGACGAAUGGCAAGAAAAGGAGAAAGGCCGGGAGCAGGAGCGGCAGCGAGAAAAAGAGCAGCACGACCGGGAGCUGGAAGCGGCAACGAACAAAAUCAAGCUGGACGGGCGCGAAUUUCACGAACUAAUGACUGAGUACCAAAAAGUCCUUGAGCAGGUCAAGGGGCUGAGGACCGAGAAGGCACGGCUCGAGGGGAAGGUCGGUGAAAAGGACCACCAAAUCUUCCUGGCGUUGAAGCAGCAACGAGACGCCGACCAGGAGUUGAGGACGCAGUUCGAGGGGCAGCUCCGUAAAAAGGACGAGCAAAUCCAGAAGCUUGAGCAGCAGCAGCGUCAGCCACAAACGGUUCCGCCAGCAUCCCCCGCACAGCAGCGUCAGCCACAAACGGUUCCGCCAGCACCCCGCGCGGCUGGGCCCUUCCCAUCAAUGGAUCGCACACAAGGAAUGUUGUGGGGAGGUCUUCCUGGAGACCAGGGGGGGCAGGCGACAACGAUUAACCCGGCCCCCCUGCAGCGGGGCCAGGGGGCUCCUCAGCAACGACAGCGCUUUGGAGGUGCUCCUAUUUCAGAACCCGGCUCGAAUCGUGGGGGGCAACCGCCGAUGCAACCCGGGGCCAACGGUCAAGGACCAAGGACCGGAUUUUCUCUUUAGGCCGGUGCGUAAGGCGCCAAGUCAAGACGUUCACUGCACCCGCUGACCAUCUGAACGAAAAACUACGACUGCUUGCUUGCUGGCUUUAUCCUUCCUUAUUCUUCAACGCGCUUUUUUCUCCGUGUCUCAUCCCAUGCUCCACCCCAAAUUUUACACUAAGAACGAAAACACAAGUACAGCUACAGCAGUGUGCUAGGUUCUUCACAUACAUUUUUACUGUGCGAUGCGCCAAUAUUUCUCUAACUACUUACAACAAGCGUGACCGAUUUUUCAAAAGUAAGUACGUCGCAGCUCCCGUGCCGGUGGACGAUCCAAAAUCGAAAAAGUAAAACAGCCUGCUCUCCAGGCCUCCAAAACUGUUUCUGUCUGCCUACCCUCCACGCGCUUUGUUCUCCAGGUCUCAUCCCAUGCUAGAUCCCACACUAGGACCGAACACACAGUAGUAAGAUAUUGGUGUGCUAGUUUUUAUAUAUACGUUUGUAUAACAUUUUCAUUUUUUACUUGCGCAAUUUCGCUGUAUAUUGCUACAACAAGCGCCACCGAAAGUAUAAGUAAGUUAGUACGUUGCAGCUCCCCCCGUGCCGGUGGACGAUCCAAAAUCGAGCUUGUAGUGGCUUUUGCGAAGUGCCACUUGUGCUUGGUUUACGUAGCAUUCCCAAAUGGUUGUCGUUACAGUCGUUAGAGCAGAAGGCAGGUUGGAUGGAAUGAGUCUGCAAUUCGGUUGCCAACGGACUUUAUGUCGUCUGUAAUCUCGUUUCGUUCGGUUUUGCUGAGAUUUUCGUUCGGCCUUGAUUUGACGUUCCUCCAGCAGUGCAGUCGUGUUUGAAAUGACGAAGAGACGGCUUGCCAGAAUAACUUAAACUUCCGAAAUGCCAUCUCCACCUACAGCACUGCGGUUCAGUCCUUUAUUCCCAAAGAACCCUUCUUCGAAACACGUAUUACAGUACUAAGUAAACAACUUCGAACUACUAGAUCCCCCCUCCGCUCAAACUGCAUCAACACGUCAUUUUCAACUUCUUGAACUUCGAUUUUUAAAUUUCAAAGACCGAAAGGAUUUUUUUACUUUUGUCCACUUUUCUAAUCAAAACUGUAACGCAAAGUAAGCCCUUGAUCUUCUUUGUUUACACAAAUCAACCACCACCUAUGAAUCAAACCCCUUAAUAACCUCUCCUUCACAUCAAAACUGUUUUUCCACGAUUUCCGACGUACUCACAAGUUUCCACUCGAUCAACAUGCAAGGAGCUGCUGCUAUGUCUUCGAAAUCGGUGGGUUUUUUAUCCACCAAACGGGGUUCUUGUAUCUCUUGCAGAGGCGUGUGGACUGCAUGGGCGGGCGUAAUUUCCCUAGUGAACCUCGUGCCGCGCAGCUGGACUGGCGAGUUAUGCCUUCCAGUGCUGGGAAAGAAGAGGGCGAAGAAGAACCAGAAGCAGGCGGUCUCUAGCGUUUGGGACGAGGCACUCAUGAACGGUGGCGGCGGAACUUCCUUGUCAGCUUUUAUCCCAUAGAUACAGAAAAGUAGUGUAACACCCAUAGAUGAAGCACCAGAAAAAGUAAGUAGACUUUUGCUGCAGUAGUUUUUCUGGCACAAAAAAUGCAGAUCUGCAAGUAGAGACACACAGACUCGUCAUGCGGCGAAACAAUGGAGAUUGUCAUUGUUGUAUGUCAGGCGGAUGAGUAACGGCCAGAGAGGUAUCAACUAGAAGAUUUGUGAUGCUGAACCCAGGAAGGUUGCUCAACUGCAACAGCAUCACAAAUGUUUUCCGAUAUGGUACUACGUGCGCUGUGCUUUUCUGUAGGAUAGCUUUGUCGCGACGAAAGCCAGCCGGCCGCGAUCACGCAGCCGACUCGGGAAUCAAAGCGAAAAAGCAGCACCAGCAACGUGGGAGGUCGAACGACAAGGAAUCCGCUGUGCCUGGCGGCGCUCAAACCAAGCAUGACGGGUCCGAGUUGCCCAGUGCGAUAAACACCUCCGGUGAGGACGACACGACCAUGAAUUUUCUCCCUGCCGAUGAUUCCCUGCCUGCUUCGUCACUGGAAAAGGCGGCAACCGCUACAGCUGGGACCCAGCAACGACCUGGAGAUAUGAGACUGCAAUGCUGCUCCCCUUCUCCUUCAUCUUGUUGUGGAAAGUGAAAUAAGUAUACUUGAUUGAACGACGAAGACGAACUGGUGCAUGUCACGACCUCUAUUCUUUACCUUCUGAUCGUGAUCCGUUGUCGUGCAUGAAAACGAGCCCUUCUUGUCGUGCAGAAGCUGGUGUCCUUAUCGCCAAACCAGUUAUGUAUGAUGUGACAUUGCAGUAUACACCUGGAGUUGCAUGUCAGGAAACAGUAACUCGGGGAGAGGGAGGACGAGUUGUGCACGCUGAUACGACAACCAGGACGUCGGCUGAGUACGAACAACGGGGAACAAAGUGAAGAGGCCGCACCAUUCACUGCGGUUCCAGGAACUACUUCUACACGACAAGCGGAGAUGAAACGCGACUCCGCGGGGGGCUGUUCUUCGUUCCUGGGGUGCAGCGAGGACGAGGAGAAGGACAAGGAACACCAACCGGGUUCGCAAGCGACGCAAGCGUCCCAGCAGGUUGUGGCGCAGCAGGCAGCAGAGCGGGAUGCGCAGCUGCAGAAGCAGCUACAGGACGAAGAGGCGAAAAUUCGGGCACACUACGAGCAAGAGAGCAACAAGCUGCACAGCUCGUACAACAAAUGGCAAGAAGAGGAGAAGGGCCGGGAGGAGGAGCGGCAGCGAGAAAAAGCCCAGUACGACCAGGAUCUGGAGGCGGAAAAGAAGAAAAGCGAACAGUACGCGACCCGGAAUCGGGACCUAACUACUGAGAACCAAAAACUCCUUGGCAUGCUCAGGCAUACCCAAGAAGCCGUGGACCAGGCCAAGGGGGUGAAGGUGAAGGAGCAAGAAAUCGUGGCGUUGAAGAAGGAGCAAGACGCCGAGAGGACGCGUUUCGAGGCGCGGCAGCAGCGAGACGCGAACAUUAUCCAGGCGUUGCAGCACGACCUGCAGCAGCUGCAGCCGCCGCCGCAGCAGCAGCAGCAGCACCAACAACCCGCGGCUGGGCUUUUCGCAGACGCGGGGCUUGCUUGGCAGCAGGUGGCAGCGAUGCAUCUCCCCGGGAUGGACGCGGGCCAGGGUCCUCCUCUACAACCGCCGGGGGACGACGUGGGACGCGCAAGACGCCGGGAGUGGGUUUAGGCUGGUGCUUAAGGGGGCGCCAAGUGGAGACGUUCACUACACCAGCUGAGUUCCUGAAUGAAUGACCUCGACUGCUUGCUUGCUUGCUGGCUUUAUCCUUCCUUACUGUUAAGCGCGCUUUUUUCUCCAUGUCUCAUCCCAUACUCCCUCCGAAAUUUCACACUCAGAACGAAAAUACAAUUACAGCAGUGUGCUAGUUUCUUUACAUUUUUACUUUGCGACGCGCAAUAUUUCUGUAAGAGUAAGCAUUUUUCUAACUACAACAAGCGUGACCAAUUUCUCAAAAGUAUAAGUACGUUGCAGCUCCUCCCGUGCCGGUGGACGAUCCAAAAUCGAUAAAGUAAAAAAGCCUGCUCCCCAUGCCUCAAAAACUGGUCCCUCAUCCACGAUGAACAGCCAGCUUCUUCGCGAUGGCACUCAUCUGAGUCAUACGGAAUAAAUAUAUAAAAACAAGGCUAGCGCUCUUGGUUGUGGUUUACCUCCGCAGUGGUCGAGCGCGUGCUCUCAAAGGUAGUUGUACAGUAGUUGCACGAAACUCAUUUUUCAUCAAGGCGCGCUAAAGAAUGUUUCAAAUGACCCAGAC